GAUCGUGCGGCAGCGGCCGGGGGAGGCGGAGGGGCUGCGGGGAGCGGGGAGGGCGGCGCUGCGAGCCGGGGCUGCUCGGGGAGGAAACGCUGCUGCUCCAGAGCUGGAGAAAUCCCCCCGCGCGAGCCGGGAGGAGGGAAGUCAGUCACCUGGCGGUGAAGGACAGUAAAACAGGGACGGAGAGGGAAAUCUCUGCCUCUCUCUCCCUUCUCUUCUGCAAGAGAUCCACCUCCUGUUUUCCUCCCAACUCUUCCAGCAUAACCUUCAAAGAAGACCAUACCGUACAGACUUUCUUUUAUUAUAUAUAGGUGUGUGUAUAUAUACGUUACUAUAGACUAGCUGCAAAACAAUUUUUGAGCCUAUGCAGGACUUGGGGGAUUUUGUUAUUUUGCCAGCGAAAUUGUUCAUCGCUAAUGUCUUGCGCUCACAGGGUGCUAAAUUAGCUACCAGACUACUCUGGUAGCAUGACGGAGAAAGGCUUUUUAUCAUAGACUGUUCUCUUCAGUUUGAACACAUUUGCUUGAAAUUUGCUGCAUGAUGCUGUCCAGGGAAGAAGGAUUUUUUCCUCGGGAUACAGCGAUUCGCCGGUUUCUGAGCUUAUUGCAGAAGGAAAAAAAAAAUCUUUAAACUGAGUGGAUUUUUUUUUUUUGCUGUCUCCUUUCAUUGCCAGAGGACGCGAAUCUCUUUCACCAGGGAAGGAUCACCUGUCGCUUUAAUCUUCAAGGGAGUUAUUUUUUUAAAAAAGUGAAAUAUUUUAUUUAUUUAUUUAUUUAUUUAUUUAAACCGGUGGAGGCGUGAUCGCGGAGAAUGAGACUGAGGGGAGCAGCCACGGUUUGGAGGACAAGGCUGAGUUUAGGCUGGAAACUGACAGACUAGAUUUCCCCCCCUCCUCCCCCUUUUUUAUCCUCCCCCCCUCUUUGUUCCUUUUCAUUUUUUUGGCACAACUUCCGUAGUUUCCAGUCUGCUCCGUUCAGUUUCGCUCUAUGGACAGAUCAGCUAACCUGGACACGGAGGAGCUCAAGGUCCAAGUUUUCAAACCCAGUGACUGGAAGUUCAGUUUACUCUGUGGCUGGAAAGAAGCCCUACUCUGUCCUGUAACAUGCAUUUGGAACAGGAAUGAAUACAGAUGACACGAGAGCAGUAUAUAUUAGCAACACAACAGAACAGCCUUCCAAGGACGGAACAGCCUCAGUUUUACCCAGUAGGGAUUUAUGGAUGGCGAAAGAGGAUGGAAUGGGAAAUUUGAGAGUCACUAAAAAAGGAAUACGACUUGAAGGAAUAUCUGAAUUUCUGCUUCCAUUAUAUGUGAAAGAAAUCCAUUCCCGAAAGGAUAGCCCACUGGUCUUACAGUCUGACAGAAAUGUAACAGUGAAUGCAAGAAAUCACAUGGGACAGUUAACUGGACAACUGACAGUAGGAGCUGAUGCUGUGGAAGCUCAGUGUAAGAGAUUUGAAGUGAGAGCAAGUGACAGUGGAAGAGUAUUGUUUUCUGCAGAUGAAGAUGAGAUUGUCAUUGGAGCCGACAGACUGAAAGUAACAGGCACAGAAGGGGCAGUGUUUGGGCACUCUGUGGAGACACCCCAUAUCAGAGCAGAACCUUCCCAAGACCUCAAACUUGAAUCUCCUACUAGAUCUUUGGUGAUGGAAGCACCCAGGGGAGUGCAAGUCAAUGCAGCUGCAGGAGACUUAAAGGCUACCUGUAGGAAAGAGCUGCACUUACAGUCCACAGAAGGGGAGAUAUUUUUAAACGCAGAUACAAUCCGCCUGGGAAAUCUACCAGUGGGAUCCUUUUCAUCAUCCUCCUCUUCCUCCUUCUCCUCCUCCUCCUCACCCAGCUCUUCAGCUCCUCGCCAGACUAUCUAUGAGCUCUGCGCCUGUCCCAAUGGUAAACUUUACCUGUCCCCAGCAGGAGCAGGCUCCACAUGUCAAUCCAGUAGCAACAUCUGCUUGUGGAGCUAGAAUGACUCCGUGUUUUCCUCACACCAGAAUAGCCUUUUGUUACUAUCCCUCUGCUUCACAGUUCAGUUGGGUUUCCCUUGUGACAAGUCCGACGCUCCAAGCAGCCUGCAGAGCAACUUCUUCCGCUGUAAGCAGGAGUACAGCGCUGCCUUCUCUUGUGGCUUGUGCUGCCACUCAACACAGAGAUGGGAGAGAGAUAUCCAGAAACCAAUGUAUUCUUCAUCAGGAAACCUAGAACAUAAGAUCACCUUAUUUUCCAAAAGGGACAAUAACACAGGUGCCUUUGCUACUUGAAGUGAAGCACAUAGUUUUAGAUUUUUGCAGGACCUGGAUAUGAACUGCACAUAAAUAUAUAUCUAGAGAGACAGAGAGAGAGUACAUUAAUUUAUCCAGAAUCUGAUGGUGAGAUGAGUUGAUUCCCCCUGUAUGAUAAGUAACUUUACUGUCUGAAAGCACAAUUUUCCAUUCAUCUUUUUGGAAGUAAACUUUUAUCCCUGAAUUUUAAAAUUUUAAAGCAUUGUGUGAUGCUUGCUUUACUAAACAAAUUCAGUAAAUGGUUUUUAAUACAAAAAGAGACAGAAUUCCUCCCUGAGUUUGGUUUCUUUAAAUAUGUGUUGUUACUAUUUGUCUACUAAGUCUAGGGUUUUGUACACUACGUAAAUUUUGGAAAUGCUCAGCAAUAUUCCUUUAAAAGUUAAAAAGAAAUGCUCUUUGUCAGAUCUGAAUGACCUUAUAUAAUAUUUUCAUGGCCACUGCAUGUGAAGUGAUUGCUUUGAGUAGAACAUACAGUUUCUGGAAAAUAAGAAGAGGGCAAAGAAAGAAAUUCUGAUGAUAUGUUUGUUGAUCAGUGUAUUGCUCUUCACAAGGGUCUUAUAAUUGGCAAAUACAAAACCAAGAGAGAAAUCUUCAAAGGUACUUCUUGCCCAUCUUCUGACUAUGUCUAUAGUCUAAUGUCUAUUUCUGCUGCCACUUGAACACAGUACAAACAUUGGUAAUAGUGUAACGUGUGGUGCUGAGAAGCAGUGCACUAACAACUUGUAUGACAUAAACAUUUAUUAUUCUCUUUUGUUUACCAUCUGUUGCUGAGGUUUCAAAGUAAUAGUAGUAUAUAUAAAACCACAUAUUGAACGACAUUUGGUAUUAAAAAGUAGGUCGAUAUUACAUUACCUUUACCAGGUCUCUGUUUAAAUUAUGUAGCCACAUUUGCACUCAGAUCUCAUUACUGACUCUUUUUUGACAAAUUUCAUGUGGGAUUUCUUUCUUGUAUCAAUGUUCACACCUAUUUGGCACCAUUGUUAAUUGAAAUCUUAUAAAAAAUGCUUUGGUAUACUGCUGGUAAAUUUGUCACAGCAUUGAUUAACAAGAGUAUCUUGAAACUUUCAGAACCCAGGAAAGUAAAACAAUAUAAAAAUGCUUCCUAUUGUGGAAGAUGGCUUGAUUGUGUGAGGUAAGUGUGCUUUUAAGUUCUAUUCUUUAAAUUACAUUAUCUAGUUUGUAUUUUUAGAGGCUUCUGAAUCUAAGGUCACAAAUGAAAUUAAAGCUUUUGCAAAGUAAUUCUAAAGCCGGGGGAGAUGGUGCAAGGUGGGUACUUCUACACACUUUUUAAAAAAUAUAUUUUUUUAGAGAAAAAGAAAUGAAAAUGAGCUAACUAGUAUGGUGAUUGCCUUGGCAUCUUAUUACCACCUAAUAAGAUUGACUUUGUUUUCACUUCAGGUGAAAUUCACUCCUAUGUAGAAGACCAGCACAAGACGUGUCAACGGCUUGACUGGUGCUUCCCUUACCAUAGGCCCUCUUCAGAGGUGUGAAUUUUACCCCAUAGCAAGAAUUCUAUAUUUGCUGGUUUUAACAGUUAAAGGAAGAUUUUGAAUUGAUUAUUUGAUGUCUUCAAAAGAAGGGUGUUAACAGCUGACUUGUCUAUUUGAGAUUUUUCUUCUUUGAAGGAAAUUAUACUAGAAAAUAUUGCAAGAAAAUAUAUUAGAGCAAGAGGAUUUUUCAGAUAGAAAGAGGGCCAAAAAGAGUUACAGAUGACAAAGAAGGUGACAAUAAAACAUGGAAAAGUGUAGCCAUACAAUACAUUCUUAUAACUGUAGGGAUAUAGAUGCCUUUUUCUUAUGCACACAAGUAAUAGAAUGGUGGAGAGACAGUCAUGAAUUUCAGGAGGAAAUGUAUAAAGAUGUGUAUGAGGACACAUCUGUGUGUAUUCAUUAUCUGUGCACACCUACAUACACCUGUUGCUUAAAAGAUGAACAAAUAUAGUGACUAAUCUAUUUGGUGAGUUAAAAUGGGGCUUCCUACAGAUUGUACAGGUAAGCUAAGGAGUUUUUUUUCUCUCCAAAUAAACCUUCAGGAUGACUUGCAGAUACUUUGUCAUGAAUUUUCCACUGAAAAAUUCCUAUUUGUUUGUUAUUCACCUUCUGAGAUUAUUUACCUGUUACUUGUUUAAAAACCGUCUCUGUUCACAGGAUGGAAGGACCCAACCUUAAUAAAAUUUACACCAAGUUGGUUGGGAAUAGGCAGGUAGGAAGAAAACCCUUUUGUUACUAGAUUAAUUUUAACAGCAAGACUGAAUAAUUUGCCACUUUGUAUGAAGAGAACUCAGAAGAGAUAUGUGGAUAGUACAUUGGACUCCAAAAAAACCAGCCCAGUAAUUUCACGUAUGUCUACACUGUCAUGAUGUUCUUUAUUAGAGUCCUGCCAAUAUGAAGUAGAGCAUAUUUAAGAGCUUAAACAACCUAUGAGAUAGACUAACAAGUUUUCAUGAAGUCUUUAUAUUCUGGUAAAUUUCAUAAUAUAGAUGUCUUUCUUUAAAUCCACUGAAAACUGUAAGAAGGGAAGAAAAAUUUAGUAUUUUAAAAAGUAUUUCUAGCCCACAUGAUUUCAAGGAGUAUUCAAAAAGUGAUUUCAAUGCAUUAACCAUACUAAAAAUUAAGAUGCUAUCCUUAUGAAAGCAAUGAAAUAUCUGCAAAUACCUUAUUGGCUACAUGUGUUUAAUAUAUACAAUAGAUUUAUCUCCUGUAAAAAACCAUUUGUGUCGUAUUAUAGGAUGCUGUCUCUUUCUUGUUAAAAAAAACAAAAGAAAAAAGAAGAAAAAAAAAAAAAGGAGAAAACUAAAAGCAUCAGCCAGCCUCUCUGAGCACUGUCAGCUGUAUGGUUUGUAUUGCAGUUCAUUCAUUGGUUAAGUGUUAAGACCAAAGACAGACACUUCUAUUAUAUCCAACACUAUGACACUGCUGUUUCUACUAAUUCUGUUGGAAUGAAGAGAUGAAAAGUUGUAAUUACAACAUGAAAUGUAACAUAGUUUAGAUUUGUGCAGCAUUUUGAGCUGUAGAUUUUUACUUUUUUCCAGGGUUUAAAUUUUUUCUCAGUGUCUUGCAUUUACAUUACUGUUCAUGCAUAUGGGGGUCUUUUGGUGUUCCUAAGAAAACAUGCCAAGACCUUUCUUCUCUGAAAUGAAGUUAUAUUGGUUUGCUUGAGAAAUUGGCUUGAUUGGAUAAAAGAAUUCACUUUCAAGCAUUUUAGAUUCAGAGAGUUAUUAAGUCUGGAAGAUAGAGCCAUAAAUGUCUAGAAGGAUUUAAUGAAAGAUGUUUGAAAUAUUUGGUUGCUAACAUAAUGUAUCGUUUAGGGGGUUUUGGUUUUAUUUGUUUGUUUUGCUUUGUUUUUAGAUUCCAAAUAAUUGCUAAAUAAAAAACAAAUUAAAAACCCACAAACUUUGGACUAUGGAAUUGUUAUCAGCUGAUUCACUGUAAUGCACAUGAAAGUUGGGUCAAAAUCUGAGUGCUGUAUUGUUCCAAACACUACUCAGUAAAGGUCUGCUAACCAUUUUUGGUUUGUAACCUUCAUGUUAAUGGUUUUCUUGUGUACAGAAGUAUAUAUAAAAAGAUGGGAACUAUUUUCUUACACAUACUAUGCAAUAUGUUUGUAGAACUGCAAUAUUACCAAAAUUACAAAAGCUGUGCUUUUGUACUCUCUUGCUUUAUGUAAAACAAAUCUUUUUUCUAUUUAAUGGUCUGUCUGUCUUAAAAUUGUGGAUAACAUUAUUCAAAAGCAGUACUCUGAAAAUUUUAAGAUUUUUAUUUUAUUUAUCUUUGUUGGUUUUGUUUUGUUUUUUUUUAAUGAAAAUAAUAGCAAGGUUUUGGAAGUUGGAAAUUAUUUUUUCUUGGAAAGCUAGAACGUUUUCAGCAUGUAAUUAACACUGUCUCUUGUACUUUUUUCCUUUGGUCCUAGCAUUUCCAUCUGGUGCUACCGUACAACUUUAAAUAAAUGUGAUACAUUAAAUAGGAAACAUAUCAGAACUAAUUUCAAGAAUAAUCAAACAGGAAUCCUGCUAAGGAUGGGGAGAACAUAUAGAAUGGCUGAUGAGAAACUUAGAUUUUCUGGGGUUUUUUGAUGGAUUUUUUUGGUGUGUGUGUGUUUCCUUUCCUCCGUCUACAGUAGCAGCAAGGUAAUAAGUUUAAUUUGUUUUUCAAUUGUUUUGUCCUCAUACACAGACUAUAGUACAGUUUUAUUUCAAACAUUUUUUGAAAACAACAGACACUGCAUUUAAAUGCAGUACUUAUGUUAAGAAAACCCAAUUUUAAAGAAGUGUAGGCUUUAUUUCUACAGCAGCAUUAGUAAAGUUUAAAUUACAGUGCUGUUAUAUCAUCUACCAUAAAAGCAUAUUACACUUCUCAAGUUCCUUUGUAUCUUGUCAGAAUAAGCUUAAACUGCAUAUUCAUGUUUAAACUGCACUUGUUUACAAGCCACUUGAGAGUUACAGAGUAAUGUAAAAGGUUUUGUGGUGGUGUCAUCAAUGCAGACGAAUUCUCUCUGUGCUUACCCUGGGCAGUGUCAGUGCUGGUAACAGCACAGCCUUGCAAGGGCUCUGACAAAAAGCAAGGUGAGCAUUUAGUGGGUCUGUGUACACUAAGCUGCCUGCUGCCCUACUCUGAUUUCAUCAAUAUCCAGACAGCAACUCGCUUCACAAUGCCUAAAAAAAUCAACAAUUUUUGUACAAGAGCAACAGUUGUAUAAAACUAUCAGUAAUAUAGGAUAAUAUAACAGUAAUAUAGACUGAUAAGUCUCAAGUAGCUAAAACAUGGCAGCUGAUACAGCAAGAAAAAAUAUUCUUAGCCAUUUUACUCAGGGUUGGACUAGUCCAAUCUGGGGAAACUACUGCCAGUAAAAGAGAAAUAGAAAAUAAGUGAAAAAAAAUCCGCCAUAUGCAGUGUGCCGAUUCAACACAGCCCACACUGAACCUAGAAUUUAAUACAAGCUCUCUAUGUAAAAUAUAGUUAUGUCUCCUGUGAAACUUUUAACAGAGCUUCAGAUUAUGGUGUUUGAUUUUGAAAGUAUUAUUUGAUCUUUCAGCAAUAUAUUUCUUAUACAGGCCAGGACAGGAAUAGUUUCAGAAGAGCUGAGGUAAAAUCUUAUGCUUAUGUAUAUCCAGUCUGAUCAGAGUCCAUUAACCACAAUAAAAUCUAGCCUACUUAACUAAGAAAAAAAAAUUAAAAAUUGAAAUGUGAAGGUUUUGCUGAAUUUUCGGGAAACUUUAAGUGGAUUUAGCUUUUUUUAGGAGUGUCCAGCUCUAGAAGUGUCUUCAAUUCUGACAUGUUUAAGCAGUGACAGCAAUUUAUAUGAAAAAAAUUGGCCUUGGGGCUAGCCGGCUUCAUUUAAUGCAGGACUUGAUCUAAGGAGUAAAAGUUUCUUUUAGUCACAUGUAUGCCUCGUUGUGAGAGACCCACAAGGGAGAUGUUCAGCUUUCAGCAUCACCUAUAGCAUAAUGCAAAGCAGGACUUAAGCAUAAGAGAUGCCUUACUGAAGGCAAGAUGUAUUGUUUUCUGUGCCUUAUGAUAUUUUGAGAGCUUGCAUGCAGUCAUUCUUUAGCACUGAGAGAUCUGAAUUCUAGCACAACAACUUAUUUCUAAGUAUAUAUUUCAGAACAUAAAUUGUUUUCUUUCCAGGGGAUGUUUACUUAGUUUUCUUGUCCCAAACACUCCAACAGUUAGUAAGUCAAAUCCUCCUUCUUAACUCCCACCCACUCUUAGAUCUUCAGCUGAGCUUCCCCUUGAGUUGUCCCCUUAAGUAUCCUCCUUUCUUCACAAAUAACAAAAAUAUAGGCAACAUAAAGAAUUUUUCUGUCCUUUAUCAGGAUUCUUCCUGUGUGACUUACUUAAACUGUGUCAAGGGGAAGGUUAUUUGCUUCGUGACAGCAGAAGUUAUAUAAGAAGGAAAACACACAUAGGUAAAUACAAUUUUUAGUCUGUCUUACUAGAAUGACACUUGUGUGUGAAAGAUUUUAGAUGAUAGGCUCCUUAACAGCUUUUGAUUUCUCAGAUGUUUUGUCAUUCAAUUAAUGUAUUUAAAAUAUAAAAUUAAAAUGCGAAUUAUCCAAUCCUGUUACAUUAUUUUUUAAAUAGGAAAGGAAUCACUGCACUCAUUAUUUGUCUCUCUCUACCAAUGAGACUAUUUUCUUUUACAAAUCUGAAGAAAAAACAGAGCUAGAAUGUUAAAUAGUAUAAAGAUAACAAUUUAAAACCCCUAUUAAUAACAGAAUAUUGUUCCUUUUAGUUCAUGACUGACAUUCUCAUUCAUGCUUGGUAAAUUAAUGCUCUGAUUUCUUAUAUAGUGGCAAGACUUUUUGUUGUUUUGUGUGAUCUCUGGAAGGUGGGAGACCCUUGAUGAUAACGAAAAUAGAAUGACUACACAGUAUUAAAAGAAACAGCUGCAAUAAUAUUCCCCAUGUUACCAUGGAACCCAACAAGAUAUGGGGGCAUUUACUUGUGUUGGGGGAGAGGGUCAUCUAAAGUAUUUAAAUAUUGUGAAGAAAAUAAUCAGGAUGCUUUCCAGCUCCAUGCUCCCCAGGAUAACUGAGACACAGUGUUGCAAUAGCCUUUGACAGACAGAAAGGAAGUGCUUUGCUUGAUCUGCACAGGGAUGUGUAGGAUGCACAGGCAGUAAAUCUAUGUCAUGUCACAGCAGUAAAAACAGUCAGGAGACUUCUCCCUAAGCCUCAGAAAUGGAAAGAAAAAUACAGAUGAAGAUGUAUCAUAGAUUCCUAGAAUUGUUUGGGUUGAAAGGAACUUUAAAGAGCAUCUAGAUUCAACUCCCCUGCCCUGGACAGGGCCACCCUCCACUGAACCAGCUUUCUCAAAGCCCCAUAUCCAACCUGACCUUGAACAUUUCCAGGGACAUCCACAACUUCUCUGAGAAAUCUGCCAGUGCCUCACCAAGCUAAACCUAACCUCAUUAAAUUUAAAGCCAGUAACCUUUGUGCUGGCACUACAUGCCCUUGUAAAGGUCUACCUCCAGUUUUCUUGUAGGCCACCUUUAGGUACUGCUCUAAGGUCUCCCUGGAGCCUUCUCUUCUCCAGGCUGUACAACCCCAAUUCUUUCAGCCUUUCCUCAUAGAGGAGAUGUUCCAUCCCUAUAAUAAUUUUUGUGGCCCUGCUUUGGAUCUCACUCCAACAGGCCUGUGAAUCAUUUUUGUAUCUUUAUAUCCUUGAAAUUUUCUUUGUCCUUUAUUUUCUUUGCUCUUUUAAAAAACAGCAUCAGGAAGGAGAAAAGCAGUAACCUUGGUAUAAAUUUUGUGCUUCUCAGAGAGAAGGUGACAAUGAACUCUCUAUUUGAAUAUGUAUCUCUGUUUAUGGCAGAAAGAGGUGAAAAUGGGCCAGUACAGUAGGGUAGAUUCAAACCCCAAUAAAGUCAAUAGGAAAUAAUGACAAACUCUAUGUCUCUGGAUUAAGUUUUAAAGCUUUGUACCAAAAAAAAAAAAAAAAAAAAAAAUUGUCAUAGUCCAUGUCUUUUUAUAGUGCAUUUCUAAAAUGCAUCAUUAACAUAAGUGUAACUUUUCCUCUGCAAAUUGUUCCAGCUUCUAACUGCAAAUACGACUUUGACUCCCCCACAGAGAACUCUAAAUAACUGUUCAGUCUUCAGUCAUUUGUCAAAACCAAAUUAAAAAAUUACAAGAUGUCCAAAAUGAAUAAUAAAAAAAUGGUGAAAAAAUCUACUAACACUGGCUUUUCAUAUUUUGGCUCAGUGUUUUCCAUGCAGUGGAGGAGUUGCCCUGUUUCUUGAAGCAAUAGAUUUGAUAUUCCUGGGCUUCCCAUUCACUCUGCAGACCAUGCUGCUUCCUUUUGCACAGGAGAGGGAAAAUUAGGAAAAUUAAUUAUUUCCAUUGGGUUUUGGCUUUUGAUUUUUGUUGUGUAGUCUGUCUUUACACUUCUCUUAAUCCCUUUUUUUAAGUGUAAAGGGAAGAGAAACAUCUCCCCCCACCACUGCAGCAUGGGGUGGGUUAUUGCUCGAGAUAAUAAUUGCUGCUACGGUAGAGCAAAAUGCAGGAGGAGAAAGGGAGCAUACAAAGAGAAAGCAUGGCAAGAUAAUAAAGGCAUGGGAAAAGAGAAAAAGAGUGGUAUUAAAACAGGUUUACUGUUUAAAGGGGAAGAAAGUCCUAAAUAAAUGUUAAAAUUUCUCUUUACCUCUCUGACCUUCUCAAAUAUAUCAUUCCAAAAUGCAGAAAGCAGGGGAAAGCUCCAGGAUAGCAUUGAUUUGGAAGUCCUUUUCAAGACCAGAAAUGUACUAUUCAUAGGAACAAGACAAUAAAAACAACAGCAGAAUAUUUCUGUUGCUUCUCUGGCCUCUCUGUGAAGAUAGACACAGAUGUGGAUUCUAAGGUAUGGAAAUUCUAUAGAUGACAGAAAGUUUUAUGUACAAAAAUGCAGUUCUGGAAGAAGAAGUCACUGAGGCUUGCAUUAGGCUACAGCAGUUUAAAUUGAAAAUAGCUGAAACAAGAAUUGGAAAAUGGAGAAUAGUCUAUAGGUGGUGAGCUUUUGUUUGUUUGUUUGUUUGUUUGUUUGAGGGUUUUUUAGAAGAGGGAGUCUGGACUGUAAGAUAUUUUCUUAUUUCCUUAUUUCUCUUUCCUUUUGUUCCAUUUUCUAUUCCAAAUAGCAUCUGAGAACAAAGAGACUUGUGCUGUGAUUUGACAGCAGUCAAGAGAUGUGUGUGUAUCUAUUAUAUAUAUAUAUAUAUAUAUAUAUAUAUA